AUGAGGUCAAAGGGCAUUGAACGUUUUAAUCUCCGUGCUGAGUUACUUGCGUUGAGUAAUUGUAAAUCCUAUUUCGCUAACGAAUUGAACGAUUUUGAGCAUACGAAAAUCAAAUUUUCAAAGCUAUGUCAACUUCACGAUGGUAUUUGCAGUCUAGCUCAAGAGUUAAGUGAACUAUGGUGCUAUCCAAUGUUAAUACUUAUGGCCUAUGGUUUCUCAACAUCAACCGCUUUAUUGUAUUUUUAUUACUGUGCAAGCGAAAGCCAGCUAAUACCAACCUUCUUUCGGGUUGCCAAAGAUCCAGUGAUCACAGUGAUUUACUUGAUUUAUAUUGCUGGAAAAUGUGUGUCUAUUAUGUAUCUAAGCUGGAAAACAUCUCUGGAGUCCAAACGCACCGGCAUAUGCCUGCACAGAUGUGCUGUGGUGGUGGACAAAAACGAAAUGUAUGAAAUUGUUAAUCAUUUGUCAUUGAAGCUUUUGAACCAUGCAGUCGACUUUUCUGCCUGUGGUUUUUUUACGCUGAAUAUGCGAACUCUAUACGCAAUAAUCGGUGGUAUAAGCAGUUAUCUGGUAAUACUCAUUCAAUUCAACAUUGCUGGAGAGCAAAUCAAGAAACCCUAUAUAUCACCUGUGCCUAAGGAAUUCUUUGGAUUUGAAAACGUCACCUAUCCAGCCGAUUAAGUGCGA